GUGGCCACGCUUUUAAAAAUUAGACGUGUUACUAUGCAGCUCUUUGGGACGUCCUUGGGUUGCAAGAGCGCUACAGAAAUGCAACUCUUUGCUUCCAUUCUCGUCAACUUUCCCGACGAUAGCCCACUUUGACAACGAUGUGAGGUCGAUUAUUUGGCGAUUUCGACGCUACUCAAAACAGGCGGAGCUGCGAGUAGAGUUCAGGGCGAUGUGUAUGGAACUAGAUUGCAUUAUCUUCGUGCAAGAUGGAAAAAAAGCUUAUCUGUUCUCCAGGUGGUCUGGAAAAGAAAAGAGGAAAGUGCAGACAUACAUGUUAGGACGAAGUCUAAAGAAAAACUGAUGGAAAUUAAAAUAUGAUUCUGCUGGGAUUCCUUUAAACAUAUGUGAAGUGUAUUGUGACAAUGACCAUUUUGGAUAUGGAGAUCCCAACGAAGAAACUAUUUGAAGAUCCAGGCUUCCCUGCUUCUAGCACAUCUCUUUUUUCAAGUUGUUCUACACCCAUCACCAAAUUGAGAGGUAAAAUCACAUGGCUACGACCACAGGAAAUAUCCGGAUCACCUCAGUUGUUUCCAGAAAACCCACAGGAUGGACAAAUAAAACAAGGCCUCUUGGGAGAUUGCUGGUUCUUGUGUGCUUGUGAAGCUUUGCGUAAAAACAGACAACUCUUAGAUAAGGUAAUACCUCCAAACCAGGAUUUGUGGACACAAUCUGGAUGUUUAAAGUGCAGAUUUUGGAGGUUUGGACAGUGGGUUGAAGUCGUAAUAGAUGAUCGAUUACCAUGUAUUGGUCGCAGGCUUUGCUUUUCUCGUUGUCGCUCUGAAGAAGUGUUUUGGUUACCAUUAUUGGAAAAGGCGUACGCCAAGCUCCAUGGUUGCUAUGAAAAGUUAUGGGCUGGACAAGUGUGCGAAGCUCUAGUGGACAUCACAGGAGGCCUAGCUGAGAGAUGGACUCUGAGGUCUUACAGAGAAAACAGUGAAAAGAAUUCUCAUUUCUGUCUUUCUGAAAAAUCAAAAUUCAAGUUGAUGAAGGACUUAAAUGAUAAAAGCUUCAUUAGUUGCUCUGUACAUGGAUCAGCCAGAGGAUCCAGUGAACGUGCAGAAUUUCAUGCCUUCAGUGUUUCUGAUGUGAAGCAAGUUAAUGGACUCAAUGGCAACUAUGUCAAUUUGCUGAAGAUAAGAAACAUGUGGGAUCGACAAUGUUGGAAUGGCUCCUGGCAGGACGGAGGCGAUAGUUGGAAAACAUUAGAUCCUGCCAUUGCUACAGCCCUGCAGUCUGCAGCAGAGGAUGGGGAAUUCUGGGUGGAGGAGCAUGAAUUUUUUCGGGAUUUUGAUGAGGUAACAGUGGGAUAUCCGAUAAAUAUGGAGGGACACAUCCUCAGUCUUUUAACAGGUCAAAGUUUGCGUCAUACACUACAACUUUCAGGACAAUGGGUCAAAGGUCUAUCUGCUGGUGGUUGCCGUAACAACAGUAGUUUCUGUACCAACCCCAAAUUCUGGUUAAGAAUUUUGGAUCCAGGUGAAGUAGUUAUCACAGUAUUACAAAAAAAACAUGACUCCUGCAACAGAAAUGAGAAGGCUUGUUGGUCAGAGAAGGCCGCUAUGCAUUGUCAGAAUAUUGAAGAAGACCCCACCACUGAUGUCCUCCAACAGAAACGCCAUCGAGCAAUAGGACUGCAUGUAUGGAAGGUAGAGAAGAAACGAUUUAAUUUGCAGAAAACUGUUGCCAAAACACCAGCCAUUUCAACAGAAUGCCAUACGUAUGACAGGGAAGUGAAACUGCAUUGUGAUCUUACACCUGGCUACUAUCUUGUCAUCCCAAGUACAUUCAUGAAAGACGAAGAUGGACAUUUUUUACUACGUGCUUUCUCAACAUCUAAAAUAUCAUUGAGUGUAGUGAAAGCAGCUUAUCCACUUACGCAGUUGGAGGAAAAUUCUGAAGGGGAAUGGGAGAUAAUGCAGUUUACAGAUUCAUGGAUCAAUGGAAAGAAUGCAGGUGGAAGCAGGAACUUCCCAACAUACAGCACUAAUCCACAUUUGCCAUUCUCAAUCCUCUCUGAAACUGGUAUUGGAAAUGUUCGAAUCACUCUGUGCCAGGAAAGUGUAAAUGGACAGUUCCUUCCAAUAGGAUUCCAUGUUUAUCAGGUACAUGAUGAUAAAAAUUUGAAUCAAGCAUCCCCCCAACAUCGAGAGCCUAUGGUGACUUGUGUGCCUCAUCGCUACACACAAGAAAUGACUCAACUUUGCACCCUCCCAACAGGAAAUUAUGAGAUUGUUCCUUCUACAUACCUGCCCAACAGUGAGGCACAAUUUACAGUCACUGUCGAAACCAAAAUAGACAGGAAGCCGUUCCAGUCUCAGGAGAACUUAGGACAAACAAUCAAUGAGGUCUCUUAUACCUCAGUAAUGCAAAGGUAAGAAACCAACACCAAAUUCUUCAAACGUCUGCCUGAAAACAGCAAGAAAGUAUAACCAGAAGAGAGUCAAGCUGUAGGCAUUCACUCUACCAUUUGCACUUCACAAAGCCUGACCCUCGUGGCACUAAUAAAAUGUGACAGGGCUCGUCAUUGUAAAUAAGCAAUUCUGCUUUAAGCAGACUGGCGAUGUGCUUGAUGUACAGGAGCAAGAACAAAAGCUGCCUUAGAACUGGACGCUACUUCAAAGAAUCAGCAUUGCUGCACACAGUAAUGGACAAAGAGCCGAUCGAUCUCCUGCUGCUUUGAUGUUAUUGAAGGCAAACGAGAGUGACAUUUAAAUUCAGUUUGUACUUUCAGCACACACCAUAUUACACAGUUCACUGAAUUGUAAAGGUCUGAUUCUGUCCUGCUUAUUUUGUGACCUCCUGUGGGCUGCAUUUUUCCAUAAUUUUAAAAUAAAACUGGAACUUGGGUUACUAUUCACUGA